AUGUUGAAGCGUGUGUGCGUCGUCGGUGCUGGCCCUUCUGGACUGCCUACCGCCAAGUAAGUUGAUCAGAGUACUUCUUCUUUUGUAUUCCUACAUACAUUUUCGAAAUUCUGUCUUGGCACAGUAACCUUUUCGUAAAAAAUCUGAAAAAUUCAAAAAAUAAAAAAUUUUUACAAUUUUGUAAUAGGUAUUGAUAAUAAGUUACUAUUAUAAUAAAACAGUUGAAGUAAAAUUAUCUAAUUUAUGUUGUUUUAGGUGGGCUUUGCAAUAUGGCUUCAAGCCAGUUGUCUUUGAAGGCACAGAAUCGGUUGGGGGCCUGUGGAACUACAAACCUGGACACACCGAGUUUGGCACGGUGAUGAACUUCACCGUGAACAACACCAACAAGGAAUUGAGUUGCUACUCUGACUUCCCCCCAGAAAGGUCUCGAGCUCCUUUUAUGCCGUGGCGAGGUAAGAGGAAUAUUGUAUUAUAUUACCGUAUAUAAAACUAUUUUUAACAUUUUUCGGUAUUUUAUAAAACUUUCAGAAUGCCUUGACUACUUCCAAAGCUACGCCAAACAUUACGAUGUAACUCCACAUGUUCGCCUUAACCACAAGGUGCUUCAGAUCGAAAGGGCCAAGGACUACGACAAAAGUGGCAACUGGGAUGUCAAUUUCCAAAACAGGUAAGGUAAAUAAUGUCACUAUGACAAUAUUGCAGUAAGGGAGAAAAAGAAACGGAGAUGUUCGAGUAUGUUGUGUUGGCUACUGGUCAUCAUAGUAAACCCAACCUGCCUACUCCAUACAAGGGUCAAGAGAAGUUCAAAGGCGAAAUUAUCCACUCUCACACCUACAAGGUAAAGCUUUUACAAUAUUACUGUAUGUUUUAUUUAUAUAUGUAUUACCGUAAAAGGUAGUUUAGCACCUAAAAUAUAAGUAUGGUGUUUUAGCACAAUGAAGGGUUCGAGAACAAGACAGUUGUCGUUAUGGGUCUGGGUAACUCGGCUCUGGAUGUGGCUACAGACUCAGCUCGGGUAGCCAAACAAGUGUACCUGUCGACUAGGAAGGGAGGAUAUGUCUUGAACAAGGUGGGACCUUUCGGAUACCCGAUAGAUGCCUUUCUGAACAGAAGAGUCAUCUCAUGGGUCCGUCGCAUCGCUCCUGCCUUCUAUUCAUGGGCGGCCGAACGAUACACUAACAUAAUGUUCAACCACAAGAAGUACGGUCUACAGCCAAAGCACGGUAUCAUGCAACAACAACCUGCCACUUCUGAUGAGAUGUACGGUAAGUGUUUCUGAGAGUAUUUGAAUAUAUAAAGAGCUUAUUCGUUGAAAUUGACGUUAAAUGGUAUCUUAUAUGUUUACAAAUAUCUCCAAUUUACUGUAAUCAAUCCAUGUUUCAGGAAAACUCAUGUGUGGUCUGGUAAAGGUGAAGGGAGACAUCGAGGAAUUCACGGGUAAUCAAUUACUUACAGUUAAAGAAGCAACUUCAUCAAUAUCACAAUCAACAAACUUAAUAUUCAAUACCUAAUCGGAUAUUUUCAGAAACCGACAUCAAAUUCAAGGACGGUGAAGUUGUGAAGAACGUCGACACACUAGUCUUGGGCACUGGAUGGCAGUUUGACUUCAGAAUAAUCGAGAACGGAAAGCUGAUCCCAGUCAAAGACAAUGUAAUUGAGCCGAACAGCAAACUGUGGAAGAGAAUGUUCCCCAUCCAUCUUCACCCUCACAACAGUCUGGCCAUGGUUGGAUUCUUCCAGGUACAACAUAUUUUUAUACAAAAAACUAAUAUAUAACUAUAGAUUAAAGAAAUAGUUUUCGAAAAGUUAUUAAUAUCUAAUUUCCAGCCAGUCGGCUCUGUGAUGCCAAUUGCCGAGAUGCAAGCUAGAGUUUUCUUCGAAAUAAUCUCAGGUAACGUCAAGUUACCAUCUCCACGCGAAAUGCUGCACGACAUCAAUCAAGCAGACAUCCUGAUGGCCAGACGCUACACGAAGUCGACCAGACACACACUACAAGUCGACUACACGGAGUUCAUGACAGAGUUAGGUGAUGUUAUCGGAUGCACUCCAAGACUUCGAAAACUGUUCCUUACAGACCCAAGAAUAGCUUUGAAGGUAGCCUUUGGUCUAGACACUGCCUACAACUACCGUCUCAAUGGUCCGAAGCCGUGGAGCGAAGCCAGGAAGACGAUUCUGGAGACGCACGACAGAUUGUUCGCCGGAGUCAAGAACAGACCACUGCCUUAG